UUUUUAUUUAUUUAGGGACGAUCUCUCUUUCAUUUCUCUCUCUAUCUCCCUCUCUCUCUUGCUCGCAUGGAGUCCUCAACAGUUCCUCCGGCGAGCUCCGGACCUCCUGCAGCUCCUCCUCCAGCUCCUCCUCCGACAAGUGAAGCUGAAGCAUCUCUCCCACCCCACUUGGAUUUGUCCGCCGCCCCUUUCUCGACUACUCAAGCUGCUCCUGCGGUUAUUGCAAACGCCGCCCCUCCAACUCACGGCUCCACCCCAAGCCAUCCUCCUUAUGCAGAGAUGAUUACUACUGCGAUCAGGGCUCUUGACGAGAGAAAGGGUUCGAGCAAGACUGCCAUAAAGAAGUAUAUCGAUUCGACCUACCCAAAUCUUCCGGCUACUCAUGCAGCUUUGUUAACUACACAUCUGAAGAGGCUAAAGAACACUGGUCUUGUAAUCAUGGUGAGACGCUCUUACAAGCUCCCCAACCCCAAGAAAGCUCAAGCUGCUCCUCCGUCGUCUUCUUCUGCACUUGCUUUUCCGUUGUCGGUGCCGGAGAAGAGAGGCCGUGGGCGCCCACCUAAGCCCAAGCCCUUAGAAGUUGGACCUGCAUUGCCUAAGAGAAGCCGUGGCCGCCCACCUAAGCCCAAGCCCUUAAAUGCCGGACCUGCAUUGCUUAAGAGAAGACCUGGGCGCCCACCUAAACCCAAGCCCGCUUCGGUGACAUUUACAGUUGUUGGAUCAGAUGUGAAGAGGGGCCGUGGACGCCCACCGAAACCCAAGCCCAUUCUGGUUCCGGGCUCGAAUGGGAUCGUUUCACAGCCCAAGCCAAGACGGCAACCUAAGAAGCCCAGGCCCAUCGCUGUUCCUACGUCGUACGGUUUCGUUCCACCAAAGCAACCGAGAAAGCCACCGAAGGUCAGGCCAUUGGUUGCUACCGCCGGCGCCGGAAUUGGCUUUGUAUCGGGAUCACCUAGGCCUAGGGGUCGACCGCCGAAGAACGCUGUACCAUCGUCCUCCGGCGACAUGGGUGCAGGUCCCAGUACAAGUGCAGCUCCCAUUGUUGUAAACAAGGGUGGUAGUAGGCCACGUGGUCGGCCGCCCAAGAAACCCAAGAAUGUGGCCGAUGUUGCAGUGGCAACAGUGGUGGUGCUGCCUCAUGCUCCAGUAGGUGAGUCCGUUGCUACUGCUGUUGUUUCUGGUGGUUUAUCGAAUAAUGUAGUGUCCUCGCCGGAGAAGAGAGGAAGGGGUCGACCAAGAAAGACUGGUGGACUGUUGGCGCCAAAAGAUGGACCGUCAACGCCAAAAAGACCGGUUGGGCGGCCGAAGAAGAUAAUUAUGACUCCUACGGCGGCUACAGUGGCAACAGAGACGGUGGAAUGAGUGGGUUGGCUCCAGGGUUCCAUCUCUUCUCUUCUCCUCUUCUUUUGUUCCCUUUUUAUUUACAAGUUCCUUUACUUUGUGUGUGGUGAUUGGUAAAACGAUAAUGGUGGUGGAAGGGAAGGGGUGGUGUGUUGGGGUUCGAAGUAGUUGGCAGGUGGGGUCUCUCUGAUGUACUUUGGUCCUUCAAUGGACAUUGUAUUCAACACUAGAAAAUCUUUUAACUGAAUUUAAUCAAAACUGAAUUUUUAAUUCUCAGCUA